AAUUUUAGUUUUGGCGAAAUUUUGGAAUGCAUUUUGCUCAGAAAAAGGACAAUGGAUUUUGUCCCAUGACCACUGUAGAGAGGAGGGAUGAUUUUAGCAAUCCACAACUCUUUCAACUUGCAUGUAACGUACAUGUCUGUACUAAGAUAGAGGUGAAAGAGAAGAGAAGAGAAGGAACUGGAGUCUUCUAGCGCUUUGACAUUUUACCAGUCCAGCUACUCGACCACAGACAGUAGUGGCUCUGAGGCAAGAUAAAUAAUAAUGGGCUUGACUCUCCUCGAUCGCGUUUUGAAAGUGCAAAUCAAUUUGCCCUACAUUCCAGCCUGUGUGGUCACUUUUAUGCACUUGCUUUGCCCUUAAUGGUAAAUAUAUAAAUAUAUAUAUAUAUAACCUUGCUUUGCCUGACGGAAAGCAAACCAGCCCUUCUUACAAAUGUAAAUAUCUUCCCUCGUUUUGAAUCUUCACCAGAGAUUGAGGAGAGCUCGUAGAAAUGCUGUACUUGAAGUUAUCUUGCGGCUUCUCUGUGUCAUCCCCAGGCUGUGAUUGUGCGGCGGAAAAAAAGGGGAGGAGAGGGGGUGGGUAAUGCCAGUAAAGCGGCGUGACAGAAGAGGGUUAAUACCAUGGAGCUGUGCUAAGAUUGCCCAGCCUCAUGUGGCUUUAAGGGAUUGCAGGCAGUAUUAGCAGCUGAAUAAUUAUUUUUGGGAUGUUUCUAGUUGUGCACACUUUUGGUGUGGCACACAUUGCUUCGUUCCCCCCCACUUCAACACUCUUACUUCUGUGGAGCUUUGGCAGCCUGCAGUCUUGUACAGAAACUUAUAUUUUUGAGUCCUGUGUGGGCAGAGCUCCUGAAGGCACUCUGCUCAAACUUGAAUGUUCUUCAUAUAUUUCAAAUAAAGUCCAGAGAAGGAAAGAUGAGGUGGAAUUGCACAUAUAGCACUGUGACAGGAAAAAUAAGAAAAAUGUCAAAGGUGGAAAUCGAUAAGGUGUCGACACACCUCGUAUGAAGUGAAAUAGUGAUGCUUCCACUAUGUUUGUAAACAGGGUUGCAAAUGUCCCCUUAAUGCUAUCAAAGAGAGAUCAUACAUGAAUAUACAUAUAUGAUGAAUAUAAAUAUAUGGCAUCUAUUUUUGGCAUUCUUUAUCACGUGGACAGAAGUGGUGGUAUCGGUAGGAAAAACAUGUAGGUUGGAUCCAUCGUGCAUCCUCGCUGUGCAACAAUAAAAAUCCGUGUUUGCGACUUUUUUCAGCGACGCUUCUUUCGCAUUUUCUUUUUCUUUUUUGUAAUGCUGCACUGAAAAUACAUCAUUUUCACAAAGUGGUUUGGAAAAACAGAAGUGUCGUCAGUCACUUCAUCAAGUGAAACAAUAUAGUAUACAGUAGAAUAGCUGUUGCAUUAUUUGUUACGACCUGUAUGUAAUGUUAUUAUGGAAGAUGUAAUGUCCUUCUGUAAAUGUUGUUUAAUGUUGUUUUACCUGAAAUAAAAUUUAUUAAUGCUUCAGA